GCUGAACGUCAGGCUUAAAGUGAGGCUGAACGUGAGGCACGUGAGGCUGAACGUGAGGCUGAACGUGAGGCUGAACGUGAGGCACGUGAGGCUGAACGUGAGGCUGAACGUGAGGCACGUGAGGCUGAACGUGAGGCUGAACGUGAGGCUGAACGUGAGGCUGAACGUGAGGCUGAACGUGAGACUGAACGUGAGGCUGGAAGUGAGGCUGAACGUGAGGCUGAACGUGAGGCACGUGAGGCUGAACGUGAGGCACGUGAGGCUGAAUGUGAGGCACGUGAGGCUGAACGUGAGGCUGAACGUGAGGCUGAACGUAAGGCUGAACGUGAGGCUGAACGUGAGGCUGAACGUGAGGCACGUGAGGCUGAACGUGAGGCACGUGAGGCUGAACGUGAGGCACGUGAGGCUGAACGUGAGGCUGAACGUGAGGCUACACGUGAGGCACAUGAGGCUGAACGUGAGGAACGUGAGGCUGAACGUGAGGCUAAACGUGAGGCACAUGAGGCUUAA